AUGGCCAGUGCUUCACUAAGGCUUUACAUUGAAAAUGACGAUGCUGACUAUCCAGGGCUGAAGAAACUAAAACUACAGGGGAAAGACUUAGAGAAUGUCCCAGCGGAAUUGUUUAUGUUAAGAGAAUUACAAGUAUUGGACAUGAGUCCAGAAAGACAACCAUCACUGACCUAUAAAUUAUCAGAACUGCCUUCAGACAUCGGUUAUUUAGUUAACCUUAAAAUAUUAAUCUUGGAUACAAAUGAGCUGUACAGCCUACCGUCUGAAAUUGGUUCACUCGUACAACUGGAAAAGUUAUCAGCAUCAAAUAAUCAGUUGAAAAGUCUACCUUCUACUAUAUCACGACUGAAACUGAUGAAAAGUCUUCACUUGGCAAAUAAUCAAUUUUCCGAAUUUCCCAGACCAAUACUUAAAUUACCCAGAUUAGAAUUUCUUGAUUUAAGCAGUAAUCAGUUAGAAUCUCUACCAUCCUCCAUAACAGAAUUAACAAGUUUAGAAAGUUUAUUAUUAUUUGACAACAAUUUGACAAAUUUACCAGAAAACAUUGGUGAAUUAAGAAGUCUUCGCUGCUUAUGGCUGGGUGAUAAUAGAUUAGAAAGUCUACCACAGUCGAUUGUUGAAUUGCGGGGAUUGAUAUGGUCACCACUUUUGUCACCAAGCACAACAGUCGGUGGGAAUCCUCUAAAAGAUCCUCCAAUUAAAGUAUGCAACGGCGGUCUAGAAGAACUUGAUAGACACUAUGGUGUUGAAAUAAUCAAAUAA